UGGGAGAUUCGUCAGUUAUUCGUUCAGAUUGUCGCGCCGCCAAACGGGAGGACGGAGGAGUACUUUUUGUCCCAAUGUUUGGGAAGGGGGUGGUUUUCGCCUCGAAUUAAAUGUCGCAAAUGGAUGGACAUGAAUGAAGACUACAGGUUAAAUUUUCUCGACGCCCCCCUAGCGGAGAAAUGCUUCGUGAGGGGCGUUUACCGUGUUUUUUCCAGCGCGUUUUUCCUAACAGGUAGCGACCGUCAGUCAGUGUGCCGCUGAAACGAGACUGAAUAUCCCGCUUUAUAAUCUCUUGACAGCCUUUUUAAACCCAUCCUUGGAGUGACGGAGGGAUCUGGGAAGUGCUUUACUCUCAUCACAAUCAUGGACAACGUGUCUUUUCACUCUGUUAUUCAUUAUUUGUAACAGAUUUGCAGCCACCGAUCGACAUGAAGAAAGUGGACGCUGUGGAUUAGGAUCUUUUUUGUUUGUUUUCCCCCUUCGUUUUCUAUUUUCUUUUGUUUUUUGGGGCUUUAUCCUCCUCACGUCAAUGUGGGCUCUAAAUGACCUCUCCCCACUCUGUGGUUUGGAAUGAAAUGAUGGCAGCUCGUUGGAGUGAUUCCCCACAGGACAAUGAAGAGCGGAACCACACAGCUGUAACUCCCGCUUGUCAGACGAAGCAGAAGGAUGGUCGGGAUCAGAGCGAGACGUCGGCCACCGUUACCCCAGGGGCCGAGGAGGAGCCGUUUUCCUGGCCGGGGCCGAAGACGCUGUGCCUGCGGCGAACGUCGCAGGGCUUCGGCUUCACGCUGCGACACUUCAUCGUCUACCCGCCGGAGUCUGCUGUCCACAACUCUCUGAAGGAUGACGAGAACGGCAGCCGAGGGCCAGGGAGACAGAGGAACCGUCUGGAGCCAAUGGACACCAUUUUCGUCAAGCAAGUGAAGGAGGGUGGCCCCGCCCACGGAGCUGGACUCUGCACAGGGGAUCGACUUGUGAAAGUGAACGGUGAAAGCAUCAUCGGGAAGACUUACUCCCAAGUCAUAGCUUUGAUCCAGAACAGCGAUGCCACGUUGGAACUCUGUGUGAUGCCAAAAGAUGAGGACAUUUUGCAGCUGUUUUCCAGGGAUAUCACUGCUCUGGCGUAUUCCCAGGAUGCAUACCUCAAAGGAAAUGAGGCUUACAGCGGAAAUGCCCAGAACAUCCCGGAGCCCCCUCCCAUAUGCUACCCUCGGAUAGAGCUCAAGGCUGCGGCCGUGGCCCAGCCGUUGGACCAGGGACCGGCAAGGCGAGGGGCCCCCACGGAGAACAGCUAUCGGAUGGAGAUCCCUGUCCCUUCGUCUCCUGAUCCUUCACCCCAGCAGGUGUUGAAGCCUCAGUCGGCCACAUCCAUCAAUAAUGAGAGCGUCAGGACUCCUACUGUACCCCUUAAUCCGGUGGAGAGUGGGUCCCGGCUUACUCUGACUGAACCCUGCCACAGGACAGAAGGAAACCGGUACAGUUCCCCACCAGAUAGACUCAGACCCCUUAUCCCCAGUGUCCCAGGAAUUGCCCAGUUACACUACACUUGCCCAUCACCAGCUUCCAGACCUGGUACGGUCUAUCCUGAGACCUCAUCCGCCUCAGUGCGAGCCCCUCUCGCUGCUACAUCGACGGACACUUUCUCUACAACCACCUCACCCACCACCAACCACUGCUCCCCCUCCCCCCCAGCACCCACCACCUCGCCUCACCAGAACAUUGACUGGAGGAACUACACCACCUACAAGGACUACAUCGAUGCCAAGAGACUGCAUACGUAUGGCUCCCGCACCAUCCAGGAACGCCUGGAUAGCCUGCGAGCGGCAACCGGCUCUAACUCCGCCUACACCCAGCAGCGUACCCCACUGCCCUGCGACAAUCAGAAAGGGGCCUCAGGCUCUCAGGUCAGACGGAGAAGCGCCUCCAAUGACCGCGGGACGGAUCCUGCUGCGACGACUCCGCUUCGCAGCGCCUCCCAGGAGAGGCUCGGAGGCCCACCAGAGAGGACUUCUCGGAACUGGCCUCGGAGCGCUUCUCAGGACGCUCUGCCCUUCUCUAGCACUGUCAGGGUCAUCAAACCCCGAGCAAGGUCCUGCGACCAUAUAGGCCAGCAGCUCGGAGAGCGAAGCGUGGUGAGGUUUGGAGACAAGGUGGAGGAAAGACAGGAAACAAGAGCCCUUCCUCCUCUAAAUAGGAGUCUUACAGGUCCAGAGCAGGAAGAGAGAUUAUCUAACUUGCCUCUAUCUACUCCUGAUGUUACAAAAGGUACAACAGAUUCUGCACUGACGGCGAGAACAGAUGGUCUCAUAAUGAGACCCUCACGUCUGCCUGUCAAAAACUCGCUCUCUGACUUUUCUCCCACCUCAUCCUCCAUUAAAACCACAGAGCCUCUCAGAGACCAAAGAGCUAACACCACGGGGAACCAUCUCAGUUACUCCUCCCCUCUGAACCUUCAGCUCAGGGGCAGAACAGACAGUCUGAAGAUGGAGAACAGGUUGGAGUCGGGAUUAGCUGCCAGGUCCUCAUCCUGCUCCAGUGCCUCCUCCAGGCUCCCCACACACAGACCGGUAAAGAGCGAAGUGGUCACAAUAUCCUCAACCGCAGCUGUCGCCCAAAAGCCAAAUGUGAAAGAAACAAGUGCACUUGAGAGGACUAAUGGCGGUCUUUCAGAGGGUGUCAAAGGACCUGAUGCAACGGUUGUGGUCCUAAGAAGGAACAAGACAUCUGGAGUUGCCUGCGCUCGCCCUCCGUCCUACGUGUUGGCCGUCAACGACAAACAGAGAGAGCUGACGCACAAGUCGCCGCCGUUGAUGAAGGCCGCCUCUGCAGAUGGAACGAUGUGCUGGGUGUCCAAUGAGAGCUGCAGGGAGAUGCAUCUGAGGAGGCUGGAAGACACGAGACACAAAUCUGGCUCCAGCAACCUGGAUGACUCCCUGGACUCAAUCCCUUUCAUAGAUGAACCGUCCAGCCCCAGCAUCGACCAGGACAGUACCCACAUUCCUGCUUCCGUGCUGAUCUCUUCGACGCCCCUCAUCGCCACCAUCCCACCCAGCCCCACGUCUUCGUCUCCUCUCAUUCGGCGCCACCUGUCACAUGAUCAAGAUUCUCUUCACCUGACAAUUAUUGGGUCAGACUCUGGUACCAAAUCUGAGCGGUCCAAGUCGUACGAUGAAGGUAUCGAUAACUACCAUGAGGAAAGCAGAGGGAGGUCUUUGCUUCCCAGUCUGAAAGGCUUGAGGAAGGGUGUGGACAGGUCAUCAGAGGAUUCUGGGUCCAGGCGAGAUUCCUCAUCAGACAUCUUCUGUGAUGCAAUCAAGGAGGGUUUGCUACAUUUUAAGCAGCUUCAUGCAGAUAAGGGAAAGCGCGUCGGAGGAGGAAAUCGACAGUGGAAACAGAUGUACGCCGUGCUGAGAGGCCACUACCUCUGCCUGUAUAAAGACAAGAAGGAGGGCCAAGCUCACGCCAGCUGCCAAACCAUAGAGGAGCCCCUGCAGAUUAGCAUUAAGGCCUGUCUGAUUGACAUCUCCUACAGUGACACAAAGCGCAAGAACGUCUUGAGGCUGACCACGUCAGAUUGCGAGUAUCUGUUCCAGGCUGAGGACCGAGAGGAUAUGCUGGCCUGGAUCAGAGUCAUACAGGAGAGCAGCAAUCUGGAUGAGGAGAACGCAGCUUUCACCAGCCAUGACCUCAUCAGCCGGAGGAUCAAGGAGUACAACACCUUGAUGAGCCCCACAGGCAGCAAGCCUGAGCCGUCACCCAGAGCCUCACGCCAGUCGCUCAGCAUCAGACAGACGCUGCUGGGAGGUAAAGGAGAGCCCAAAGCAACGAGUCCACACUCACCCAAACCCGAGCAGGAGAGGAAGAACAUGCACAAAGAUGACACCAGUCCUCCCAAAGACAAAGGGACAUGGAGAAAGGGCAUCCCUGGGCUUAUGAGGAAACCUUUUGAGAAGAAGCCAUCUCCUGGAGUCACAUUUGGAGUCAGGCUGGAUGACUGCCCUCCUGCACAGACCAACAAGUUUGUGCCUCUGAUCGUAGAGGUUUGCUGUAAGCUGGUGGAGGAGAGGGGACUGGAGUACACGGGCAUCUACAGGGUCCCCGGAAACAACGCUGCCAUCUCCAACAUGCAGGAAGAGCUCAAUAACAAGGGCGUGGGUGACAUCGAUAUCCAGGAUGAUAAAUGGAGGGACCUCAAUGUGAUCAGCAGCUUACUGAAGUCCUUCUUUCGAAAGCUUCCUGAGCCCCUGUUUACCAACGAUAGGUACGCAGAUUUCAUUGAAGCCAACAGAAUAGAGGAUCCAGUGGAGAGACUCAAGGUGCUGAAGAGACUGCUUCAUGAGCUACCGGAUCAUCACUAUGAGACCCUGAAGUUCCUCUCAGCUCAUCUGAAAACUGUAGCUGAGAACUCAGAGAAAAACAAGAUGGAGCCGAGGAACCUGGCCAUCGUGUUUGGCCCCACCCUGGUGCGCACCACCGACGACAACAUGACCCACAUGGUGACGCACAUGCCCGACCAGUACAAGAUAGUGGAAACACUCAUUCAGAACUACAACUGGUUCUUCACUGACGAUGGAAAUGGAGAUCCAGUGACCGUUUCCCCCGAUGAGAACGUCGUCGAGUCUCAGCCCGUCCCCAACAUCGACCACCUGCUCACCAACAUCGGUCGCACCGGCACGUCGCAGGGUGACGUAUCAGAUUCACCAACUAGUGACUCAGCUAAAUCUAAGGUUUCCUGGGGUUAUGGGAAGGACCAGUGCAGCAGAGAGCUUCUGGUCUCCUCCAUCUUUGCUGCCGCCAGCCACAAAAGAGGGAGGUCAAGGGAGAAGCCGCAGCCUAGCAGCUCAGAUGAUGAUCUCGAUGCCGUGUUCCCCAGAAAGGAAGUUCCCGGCCAAAAAGUGAACAACCACUCACUGCAGACCAAGGCUCCAAGCCAGACCCGUCCCAACCCCACCACCAAGCCGAGAGCUGAGGAGAGGAAGGAGAACGGUAGAGCUGUUGAAUUCACAUUUAAAGCCAAGAGGGAGCACAGAAACUCAUCUUUACUCAAAGAAAAGACUCCACCCCGACGUCCCUCGCCUUCACCCUCACCAUUGCCAAUUAUCAGCGAUCAAACAGCUGCCCAGAGGAAGAUUUCCCUGUCGUACCCCCCAUCCCAGCUGGAAGAAAACACCUCUGACCUUGGGACCAUGAGCUCUGGGGCAUCUGUCUCACGAUCAAGACCCAAAAAGUGGACUGGUGGAGCUUUCAUGGAUCUGCCUGCCAGUGUGGGACAAGGAGCAGGGACGUCAGCCGGAGCUGAGGUGAGCUCCAUCACCUCCGACUAUUCUACCACCUCCUCCAUCACAUUCCUGACCGGCGCGGAGUCAAGCGUGCUCAGUCCGGAGCUACAGGGCGGGGAGGAGGCUGACGACGAGCGCAGCGAGCUCAUUAGUGAGGGGCGACCCAUGGAGACAGACAGCGAAAGUGAAUUCCCCGUGUUCGCUCCCGGAGGUGGCAGCAGCCAGUCCACGCCUUGCCCGAAGCAGAGUCAGGAGAAAACUGAUGCUGGGGGUAAAGAGGGCAUCCCAGAGGGGGCGGGCACACAGAGACAGGAAGCACGGCGCCUCUUCCCCACACACAGGAUGAUUGAAUGCGACACUUUAUCCAGAAAGUGGUCCCUAAGGCAUAAAACUGAUAGUGACUCGUCAGCAGAGGGGGCUGUGGGGAACGAGGGGAGAGCAGAGCCUUCCAACCGGUUUUCUCGAGUCUUGGAGGUGAUGAAGAAAGGCCGGUCGUCAAGCAGCAUCAGCUCCUCUUCACGCAGCGAGUCGGAGCGCCCUGAGCCGGCCUGGCACCUGAAAAUCACAGAGCGGCUGAGGUUCAGGAUACGAUCAUCUGCUGAUGACAUGUUCACCACGAAGGGCCAGGCUCCUGAUGCUCAGAGCAAGAAGAAGAACAUCCGCCGGAGGCACACCAUGGGCGGGCAGAGAGACUUUGCAGAGCUAGCGGUUAUUAACGAUUGGAGGGAGCAGGGGGGCGUAGACCAGACAGCCGAUCUGUCGGCUCUGGACCGCCUCAAGCCCACGUGGUCCUCUCAGGACCAUUCCAUCAGAGACUGGAUCACCCGUGAGCGCCUCAGAGGCUCCGAACCGAGUGCAGAGGUGGCUCCCAAAGCGGUGCCAGAGGACGAUCAUCCCGCAGCUCCGGACACUGUACCUGAAAAACCUCAGCCAACGAAGGCAGCGCAGGUUAAUGGAGACGGGCUGCAGGACACAAAUAAAACCCAGCUGGGGUCGGACGCUCACCCACACAAACUCUCCAGAGCACAAGUUACCCGCUCUCGGUUUUACCAGUACCUGUAGGUGUAGAAACCGUAACUAAAGACAGAGCGAGUGUGUUCAAGUGUGAAUGUGUGUAUUUUAGCACAAUAUUUUUAUACUAAAGUAUACUUUCUGUAUUUACUGUACAUACUGUGUAUAAGCUCUGAUGAUUGUUACUAAACUAAUGUUAAAGAUGAUUAAGUUCUCUGCCAUACUGGAACAGACACGGAAAGGAAACAUGAACUUUCUCCUGCAAAACUGACCCGAGAGUCUUUAUUCUGUCAUAUGGACACAGAUGAUAAUGAAGAUUUUCACAGCAGGAGGAUUCAUGGUUCAGUUCUUCCUCAUGUAUGAAGAAUGUUUUACUUUUUCUGGGCUAAUACUAGACGCUUGUGACAAUACUGUCUGUUUUUGUUCUGUUUGUACUUGAAGUACGUAGGAAUACUAACGGCUGCUUUCUGAGCUGCGUUCUGUGGGAAGUUUUAUUUCUGCAGCACACUCAACAACAGCCAGAUAUUAGCUGGAAGAACUGGAGGAUGGUUAUAGUUUUAUCCCUAAAAAAAAAGGCUAUGAAAUGGUAAUGACGAGAUGCUGACGCUAUAGUAUGUAAUGCUUUGGUACAUUAGUUUUUAUUUCCAAAAAAAGUAUGUUUUUACCUGUGCAAGUUGUUCUUAUCUGAAAAAGUGCCUCUUUUGUUUUCUUUUUAAAAGCAGUUUUUAUAAACAGUUAUCAUUCACAAAAGGAUUGUUUGAAACAAGAACUCCAGUUUUCAGUGAAAUCUACAACUCCAGCAUUUGUUUCCCCACCCCCACCUGUGUUUUUAAAGUGCAGUAAAAGGCACCAGCGCCUUUAACUGGAAGAAAAACAAGCUAGGUUUGAAACCUGUAUUAUAUGAAUGUUUGCUGCAGCAGAGCAUGGGUUCAGUCCCCCCCCCCCCUUCCCAACAAACACUGGAAAUAAAUAAAAAUCGUAAGUAUA